AUGAGAAACGCUGGCAAGUACGUCGUUGAAGACAAAGAAGGCAAAGGGGGCAAGUGGAUCUGGCGAUUGGUGUAUGAAGUCGAAGAGCGCAAGAGCCUGAUGGGCAAACCAAUGCUCGGCGAAAGAGCCUUUAUCCCCAUCACCUUCGCUUGUUCCCCUGAAAUCCUGGUGGUGGUGAUGCUCUCAGAUGUUUGGCUGCAUUUUCUCUUUUUUUUCAUAGGUUCAUUUUUUGAUUUAUUUAUUGCAUCAUUCAUAUACUUCCUGUGUUUUUGCACUCCCAAUCUUAAUUAUUUUUCUUCUUGA